GUUAAAAAAAAAUUUUAUUAAAUAAUUUAGAACAAGAAAAAAAUGAUAAUUGGAAAAGAAGAUAUAAAAAUUCAUAUUAAUGAUGACAUAAAAUGAUCAUCAGUUAACAUGUUGCUUUAGAAUGGAUAGGACAUAAUCUGUUACAAUAUGGAGGUUUUCCCACUCGACAAAAAGUUAUCUGGAUGGCUUUCUGUUGUUGAUGCUAAUGAAAACAUUCGUAAAUUAUAUCCAGAAAAUAUUAUUUGGAAGCUUAAAGCUGUAUGUUUUGAACCAAGCACAAAAUAUUUGUAUAUUUCUUCUAUUUCAAGUGCAGAAGAGCAGGAGAUUUCACUUGAUAGUCCAUUAAAGAGCCCUGGUGGAAGUGAUGUAUUAUCUCCUCGAUCUGAAAACUAUUCCCCAAGAUCUAGUUCAACAUUUCGUCCAAGACUAGAAUCACAACCCAGCAAUAGUAGCUUCAAACAAUUUAUCUCAAGAAAGCUUGCUCUAAGUCGAUCAAGAAGUGUAGGAAAAGUUGGAAUACAAAGAACUAAUGAAUCUUCUAGUCCUAAAUCUCCUAGUGUAUUAUUAUCCUCAUGGAGGUCAGCAGAAUCUGACUAUUACAUUGAUGAUGAUAGGCAAGUAACUGUAAUGUGUUUAAAUGACCCAGCAUUGUCAAUAGUGCGACCUAUACAUGAUAGCGUUCUACUUCGUCCAUUUUGUUUUCAAGUGAUCACACCAACUGAUACUAAAUAUUUUUCAUGUUCAAGUCAUGAAGAAUGCAGCAGUUGGAUAAAAAGCAUGACUUCAGUAAUUCAAAUUAAUCGCGAUGAAAACGUUCGUCUUGAUACAUCAUUAUCAGUCUGGGUAAUAGAAGCAAAAGGAAUUCCAAUUCGUAAACGUUAUUAUUGCGAGUUGUUGUUAAACAAAGUUUUAUUUUGUAGAACUUCCGUAAAAUGUAUGAAUGAAAUGUUGUUUUGGGGUGAGCAGUUUAGUUUUAGUGAUCUGCCCCCAACUGAAUCAGUAACUAUAAACUUAUUCCGAGAGAGUGACACAAAAAAGAAACGUAAACCAGAUAAGAGUGUAUUUAUAGGCUCUUCUGUAAUCGAUCUUCUUAACGUAGAAACGAACAUUGAAAUUGAAAAAUGGGUUUCUGUUUUUAUGCCGGGCAUUUCUCCUAAAACCCAGCAAAGAAAUUCAGUAAACAGCAAAGUAGAACAACCUUUUAUUCGAAUUAAAUUUACGUACGGAGCCACUGUAGUUUUGCCUAUAUCUUAUUAUAAAAAACUGCACGAUUUCUUAAGAACUGAUUACAUGGUUUUGACAAACACUUUAGAAAAAGUUAUUAGUUUAAAAACCAAAGACAUUCUGGCUCAAACGUUACUUAAAAUUCUUCAUGCAUCAGGCGAGGCGCACGGUUUUUUAGUGGAUGUUAUCAUGAAUGAGGUAAAGAACACACCUAAUGAAAAUCUUAUGUUUCGUGGAAACUCGUUAGCUACUAAAUCUAUUGAUACCUACAUGAAAAUGGUUGGAAGAAUGUAUUUACAAGAAACUCUGGGUACGUUUAUUUCGUCUGUUUACGAAUCCGAAGAAGAUGCUGAAGUUGAUCCACAAAAAAUUACGCCUUUAAGUAGUGCAGUACUGAGCGGUAAUCAACGAAAUUUGAUUAAACUUGUAGAAGAUGUUUGGAAAAAUAUAAUGCUUUCCGUAAAUUUCUUUCCAAUCAGUCUACAGAAAGUAUUUUCAACUGUGCGUGAGCGCUGUCAAAGCAUGGAAUUAAAUAUUAGUAAAAAGAUUGUGAGUGCAUCACUUUUUCUGCGUUUUCUAUGUCCAGCUAUAUUGUCGCCUAGCUUAUUUCAGCUCACAAGUGAGUACCCGAGUGAAAAAGUAGCUCGAACACUAACCUUAAUAGCAAAAACUAUUCAAAAUCUUGCUAAUUUUACGCGGUUUGGUAGCAAAGAAUGUUACAUGAAAAUUUUGAAUGACUUCGUUGAGUCAGAAAUUUCUAAUAUGGAUUUAUUCUUGCAGAAUAUAUCUAAUGAACCAAAAUCUGAUGAUAGUAACGAUACAUAUACAUUUUGUGGUCAAAUUGAUUUAGCGCGCGAAUUAUCUGUUACCUACCACCUUCUUGUUGCCGAAAUUUCAAAAACUAACGAAGAUAAUAAUGAUAAGUAUAACGAAUUAAAAACAAUACUCGAAGAUAUUACGAAAGCUCAUAAAUCUUUUCCGAAUGCCGAAGAGUUACGACUACAUCGUCCAUUUGAAACAGUUGCUUCAGUUUGCGGUCAACCUUUAAGCGCUCCGGGUUUACAUGGAUUUACGUCACACGACUAUCAUAACAGAUCAAAUUACAAUGUUAUUGAAAGCAACGAAAAUUUGUGUAGCGAUAAUUCGCCGCUGUUAGCUAACAUGGAGAGAAAAUCUAAUAUAAAUGACAAACUUUGCUACGACGAAGAUACAAAUUUUAGUUUUACAGAAGAUUAUGUGUCGGAUUCUUCAUUUGUUAGUCACAGUUAUUUACCAAAUAGUGAAUCGCUAAAGAAUGAUAGAAACAAUGAUUGGUCAAACCCUUCAGCAGAAAUUAAUUGCGAAAGUAAUGAGAAAUUUGCUUCUAUAGGUAAAAAAGUUGUUUCUCAUAUUUCUGAAUCAAAACGAAUGUUUGACAAAAUAGAGGAUGAUUCGCAAAAUCAUAAAAGAAAUGAGAGAAAUUCGUAUAAAAACCCAAAACUUGUUAAUGAUUCUUAUUUAAAAACCAAAAAAAAGGAAGGAAGUGUUAAAGACCGUAUAAAUUUAUUUUCUCAAGACGCCAGAAAGUUUGGGGAGAUAUCGCGAAUACCAAAAAAAGAAAAAGAUUCUCAUGAAAGCCCUAAUAACGAUGGAUUCAACAAUAAACUUAAAGGAGGAAAUCUAAGCUCUAAAAACCAUGUGGCGUGUUCAAGCGAGUUCAAAACAAAUGAUCAGAAAUCUUUAAAAACUUCCUCAUUUACAUUUAGUAAGUCUCCAUUAGCAACUCGAAAAAAAGUUGAACAAAAAGAACCGUUUGACCGUAGUAAACUUGUUCUACAAAAUUUAAAAAGCGAACACAAAUUUAGUGAUACUAAAUCCUCAGUGGAUCCAAACCUUGAAAAAUCUCCAACGAGUUCUAUUGAUUCGAUGCGAUCAAGUAAUAGUGACUCCAGAUUAAGUAUCAGUCGUGGGUCUCGGGUUUCUAAUUUUUCUGGUGGAUCACGACUUUCUUCAAUUAGUGAGAGUGGACGAGGUAGCGUCGAAACAGUUGUUUCUGGUGGUCAUUUAACUUCGGAAAAUAGCGUAAACAAGCGUUACUUACCGACAACUCAACCUCCAUCUGAGCCGCUCAAUAUUAGUAGAAAACAUAAUAAACAGACUGACCUUAAUAGAUAUGAACCCCAAAACGAUAUAUUUUACAGUAGUGAUACAUUAAACUUUUCUAAAGAAGAACAAAGAGAAAAGGUUUUACGCAGGUACUCGCAAAUGGCGCCUAACGAAGUAAAAAGGGAAAUAGAUCGCAAUAAUUUUAAUCGAGAUACCAUGAUUGUAGCGCAGAGUCGUGAAAUCGCUCAAAUACACUCAAACGGGUUUUGUGAAAUUUUGCACGAAGGAAUAAUAGAAAAAUCUUGUUCACUAACUUCUAUUUAUUCAUCUAGUUACUCGAGCUGUAGUUGUUCAUCGGUGGAAACAUCAUCGUCUCCUGAAGGUAUUCUUGUAGAAGGAGAUAAUUUAGAAGAUACUUUACUAGAGAAUGAAGCUGAAAGUUCAGGAAAAGGACCCGGAGCUGACAGACGAGUGUCAGCAGUAGGUAUGUCGUUACCACGAAAGGCUAGUCCCGGUCAAGUCGAACGUUAUAAUCAAAGCGUAACGGACCAAACCGAGUUAUUGCAACACAAAUUAAAAGAGAAAGAUUCGCUUAUUCAAAAACUUCAAAUCGAACUAAAAAAUAAAUCUAAAAAUUUUGAACAAACUGUUCUUCACUUAAGGGAAAAACUAAUUAAUACAAACGAAAAGAUGAAAAUACAAAGACAGGAGACUGAUAAUGAAAUGAAAACAGUUAUUAAUCGUCUAAUGGUAAUGGAAAACAAGCUUCGUAACGAUCAAACAGAAAUGGAAGAUAUAAUAAAAUCAAAAGAUAGAUAUAUAGAUUUUCAAGAACGUCGUAUAAAUACUUUAGAAGAAACAAAUUCAAAACUUAUCAAAGCUUUGACAAGCAUUAAAAAACGUUACAAUGUUGAUGAAAGUCAUGGUUCUUUGAGCAAUCACUUUGAACAGUUACACGAGGACAACGAAUCUUAACGCCAAACGCCAUAAAAAUAGCAAGAUAUUUAAGUUAGCUUUAUUUAUACGAUAUAUUUUAUAGGGAUUUUAAGAAGUAAUUUAUUAAUUUUUUAAAACACACAAACAAAAACGCCUUUUUUAAUUUUAUUCUCAUUCGUUAUAGAAUUAUGUUUCUCCUAA